ACCACUGUCGUACGUCAAUACAACUGUGUGUAUAGUGUCGCCAUUUUUUUUUCACUAGAAAUUUUUUUCCCCAAUUACGAUAAAACAAUUUGCGGUAUUUCAUAAAAAUAAAACAUUUUUUAUCUGGUUAAACUGCAGCAAAAAUAGCAAAUAAAUAUAGAAAAGAAUAAUUUAAGGCAUUUUCUUGUGUUGUGGCUUAUUUUUAAAUAUUUUGAGGUUUUCUUAAGAAUUUGAGUUCAUGAAUAACAUCUUAGUUUUUUCGAUUUAGAAAAACAAAGCCAUAAACGUACAUGUACGCUUGCGUGUAAAACUCAAUGGAUGUGUAUGCAUGUAUGACUUUGCAUAAAAAAGUUUUCAUUGGGUUUUUAUGCCACAGCGUCAGCAGCAGAAUCUGUAAUCCCAUUAGGAAAAGGAUACUUCCUGAUUAGAGUAAUAGCAAACAAUAUUGUAUAAGUUUGGAAAAUAAAAUUAUUCAUAAACGAUAUUCAGCAUCAUGAGUGUUAUUAUUCGUUUACAAAAUUUACCAUGGUCUGCGAAUGCCUUGGAUAUACGGCAAUUUUUCCGAGGUCUUUCAAUACCCGAAGGUGGUGUUCAUAUUGUUGGCGGCGAAAUGGGUGAUGCUUUUAUUGCUUUCAGUACUGAUGAAGAUGCUCGUCAAGCCAUGAUGCAAGACCGUGAAGCAAUUAAUGGCACACAAAUACGUCUAUUGCUGUCCUCACGAGCAGAAAUGCAAAAAGUAAUUGAAACAGCACGUCAACAAUCGUUGUUGGCGUUGAAAAAAGCCUCCGCGACUCAACCCAAACCUACACCACCCCUGGCCACUGCGGUAAAUGUUAAAAAGCCAGUUUUGAUGGCACCACAGCCACCAGUUAUUACAGCAAGUAGUUUUCAGAAUAUAUUAUCGAAUCCUGCAGCAGCGGUAACACCUUCAUUCUUGGCUUAUCAACAACAAGCUGGCUUUACAUUAAUACCCGAUACGAAGAGCAAUACAAAGAUCAACAAUGAUUCUGAUGACUCAGAAUCACACCACUCACGCGAACGACGUCGUUCUGGCUCUCGAGAACGUCGUCGUUCGAAAUCGCGUUCUAGAGAACGUAGCAUUUUUAGGCGUCGUCGUGACCGUAGUAGAGAUCGAUCAAGGGAACGAGAUUGGCCCAACGGAAGAAGAUCGUCACGUCAUCGAUCACGCAGUCGUGAAAGAAGUCAUGUCCAUAGCCGUGAUAGAAGCCGCGACAGGGAACGUUCCAAAAACAACAAUCGAGAUAGCAGUCGCCGCAAUAGUCGAGAUAACACUAAUGUUAAUAGACCUCGCAGCAUGGAUGCGGAUACCAGAUCUAAAUCAAACUUAGCACCAUCAUGGAGUGCAACAAAUGCUUAUCAAGCCACCAGCUACAACACUACUGAAACUGGACAAAAUUCUUUUAUUAAAAUGCCAAAUUAUCAAGCAAAUUUGAAUAGCUUAAACACUUCCGAUGUCAACAAAUCAUUCGGAAAUUUGAACAAGUCCAUGGAUUCAGUGACUUCUUCAAAAGCGGGAGUAUCAGUAAACACUAUUGCGCCAAACUUACAGAACUACAAUACUGCUAACCAAUCUUUGACAGCUCUUAAUAAUUACAGUUUGAGUGGUAUACUUAGUACGGGUAAUAGCAAUGAUUCUUUUAAGGGAUUUGCUCUACAAAAUCCAUAUACCACCGCUCUGAAUGCCUCGGCAAAUAUCUCAGAAAGUGUGCCGAAUACUACAAGCAGCUCGGCAAUUCCCGGCAUUUUUGUAGAGAAGAAAUCUCUCGAAACGAAUGUCCAAGCUGUUACAGUUGAUAGUGGAAAUAGUUUAACACAAGAGCCCAUUGCUUUCGCAAAUGUCAAUCCUUAUGAACAAAUGUAUCCAAACUUGUUUGCCCAAGCCGCGGCCUUAAGCAGUGGACAGAAAACAGUUGCUGCAAAACAACCAUCGAUUUCAAUGACUACUGAUUCGCCGUCAGGAGAUGAAACAAAACCGAAAGAUGUAGAUAUAAACGAAACAAAUUGUGUUAGAAUCGCAAACAUGUGCUCCAGAACUACUUACAGUGAUUUGCGUAAAUUCUUUGUGGGCUUGUUUAUACCACAUAAUGGUAUUAAAAUGCUUAACGAUAAGCAUGGUCUGCGUGUCGGCAUAGCCUAUGUACAAUUCUCUCGACACUCCAGUGUAGCCAAGGCGUUGUGUCGCACCAAAAACCUGUUGAAAGGAAAGUCGGUUAUAAUUGAACCUGUAAGCGAGCAGGAGUUUAAUAAAGCCGAAGAUAGUUUUCGACCCCUUAACCAGGAUAAAGAAUACAGUCAUCGCGGCAACGAUAGCGAUAAUGAUAAUAACGAAGGUGGUGGCUUACAUGGCAGCAAUAACAGCGGUUUCAGUGCUCUUAAUCCUUAUAAAAAGAUGAUACAACUCGAACCAUUUACCGUACUUUAUAUUGAGGACAUACCAUCCUUGGCAACCGAACAGGAUAUUAUGAAAAUGUUUAGCUCAUAUUCACUGUAUGAUAUUUUGCUUAUUGCGAGCCCAGAAAAUAGGCGCGAAUUUGUAGCUCAUGUACGUUUCUCACGAGAGGAAGAUGCCAAAUCGGCUUAUGAAGAUAGGGCACAUCAUCAGAUUGGAUAUCGUCGUGUAAGGGUACAUCCCAGUAGCAUUGAAGAAAUGGAAAACGCCAAGGAAAAGAUACGCUUGGCAAAUGAACAACUAAUGAAAGAGGAGCAAGCGGCCGAAGAAGAAGAAACCAAACGAAAACUGGAGAAACUUAUUACAGAUCAUAUAACUCAAGAAGAAAAUAAACAGCAGAAUAUAAUAAGUAUGGAUUUGUCUCAAGAAGAUCCAGAUGAUGAUGAUGAUGAUGUAAUAGAAACUACCAAUGAACUACAUAACAACAACCACAACAAUGUUGAUGAUGAUGAAAAUGAUAUGGAUAAUAUUGAAAACUAUAAUCAAAGAGAUGAUGAACAAAAUUCAAAUAAUUUCAAUUUGUUAAAUAAAUUUAACACUAACUUAGAUCCCAGACGACCUCAAACUCCUAGCAUACCCAGUAUUUUUGAUCUCGAUCCUAUGAAUUCCACAAAGCUUUUGCAAAAUCAAAAUCGUCCAAAUCUUUUUAAUGAUCCACGUUUACGAAAUAUGAGCGAAAGAGCCGCCCCUACUGUCAAUUUAGUAGAUAGCAAUAAAAACAACCUUGCGACGGGAGGCAAUAAUUUCAAUAACUUCAAUCCCAACUUCAAUAACCAACAACAAAUGAAUUCGCCUGUUAUUAAUAAUAUGGAGAAUAAUUUUGUUAUUCUAAAGAAUUGCGAAUAUAAUACACGCAUUAAUGAUGUGGCCCAACUAUUGCUAACGGCCAAUUUGGCUCUUAAACACAUCGAGCCCUUGCGUAAUGAACGUAAUUUACCAACUGGUGAAUUUAUUGUAGAGUUUCGCAGAACCAGUGAUGCUGAAAUUGCUCUGCAACGAUUUCAUAAUAUACAAUUUCGAAAUCGUAGCUUAAGAGUAUUUCCAAUAACACCGCAAGAAAUAGCAGAUCGUUUAGGUAAACCUUUUCUUAGCUAUAUUCCAGGUGGCAAUGGUAUACGAAUUAACAAAGGUAUGGGUAACGACAGUAUAAUGCGUAAUAAUAUGAAUUCAUCAAAUAAUCCCAUGAAUAAUAACAAUAAUCGUUUUGAAAAUAAUUUGCAACAAAACUUCCAGCGUAAUAAUCCUUUUAAUGAUAAUGGAUCAUUAAAUAGUAAUGACGACAAUAAUGGCAACAACAACAAUAAUAAUGGAAGAAAUAAUAGACUAAAUAAUAAUGGUAAUGGCAAUAAUACAAAUAAUGGCGGUAAUGGUAUACCAGAAAAAUUUACACGUCCAGGUUGCGUUCUGUCAUUGGAGAAUGUACCGUACAAAGCUCAACUAUCUGAUAUUUUACAAUUCUUCCAAGACUUUGACUUAACGCCUGAUGAUAUUAUACGACGCUUCAACGAUGAUGGUUCACCAACUGGCGAUGCUCGUGUAGCUUUCAUGUCACCAGACGAAGCAAAGGCGGCAUUUGAAUCGAGAAAACGUAAGAAAAUUUUUGGCCGUGCUGUUUUUAUAAAACCAAUAAUUUAAUGAAUUCAAAUUACACAAUGUUUCUCUUUAGUUCAUAUUUUGUAAAUACCUUAAGUUAUUAAACUAAGUUUUUUUUUCAAAAUUACAUGUAACAUAAUCUUUUAUUAAGAUUAUAGCAAUUUAGUGUAUUGAAUAAAAAAAUAAAUGAAAACAAACAUUGAAAACAUA